GCCGCCGCCUUCCCUUAGCAACGGGCACGCGGCAGCAUGGCCGACGAGCCAGGGGCAAUCGGAGACCACCACCCUCGGGUGUCCGAGGUCAACCAAGCGGUGUCUCGGCACCUCGACCGCCUGCAGGACGGGUCCCGGCAGUGUCGCUUGCAGGCGCUGGCCGGCCUCCGCGCGGCGGUCCUGGAGCGGCCGCUGCCGUCGCCGGUGCUCCAGGAGGUGUUCGCGAAGGCGAUGGUCCGGCCGCUGGCGCGCUGCCUGGUGGCCGACCCGGCCGAGCGCUGCCGGGAGCUGGCGCUGGAGCUGACCCGCCACGGCGUGAGCCAGAGCAGCCGGCCGGAGCAGGCGCUGCCCUUCCUGGUGCCGGCGCUGACGCAGCGCCUGGGCCUCCCGCCGGGCGAAGGCGAGCCGUGCGAGGAGCUGCGCCUGGGCCUCCUGCAGCUGCUCAGCCUCCUGCUGCAGGCGUGCCGAGGAGACGCCCUGGCGCCUUACCUGCCCGAGCUGGUGCGCGCCCUGCGCAGCGCCCUCCUCGACCCGUAUCCGCAGGCCAAGCGAGAGGGCUGCGCGGGAGCCGCCGCCUGCGCCAAGGCCAUGCCAGAUACCUUUCACAUGCAGUCAGAAAGUUUGAUCAAUCCCUUAAUGCAAGCAAUUUCCCAUCAGCACUAUAGAGUCCGUGUUGCUGUCAUUCAGGCUACAGGAGCAGUGAUUCAGUUUGGCAAUGCGAAGUCUCUGGACGAUGUGCUUUCUCACCUAGCCCAGCGGUGUUUUGAUGAGAUCCCACAGGUUAGAGAGGCUGUUACCAGUGUCACUGGAGAGUGGCUAUUGCACCUGCGGGAUAGAUAUUCUUAUUUUCACAAGUUAAUUCCUCUGUUACUCAGUGGCCUUACUGACGAAAUACAUGAAAACAAGGAACUGGCUCUAACUUAUUGGAAGAAAGUAGGCUCGCAAUGGGAAAAAGAAAACGAGCACGAUAUUAAAGAUAAACUUGACUUCUAUAUUGUGCCACCUUAUUAUCCUCCAGGAUUGACUCGUCCAGAUCUGGGAUGUCGGGAGCUGGUGGUCAGAAACAUCUUCAAAAUACUCCCAGGUCUCUGCCAUGAUAUAACUGACUGGGUUGAGGGCACCAGAAUAAAGGCGUCACAGCUUCUGGUUAUCUUAUUGCAACAUGUAGAGGACCACAUCACACAGCACAUGGAACUCCUCCUUAGAACUCUGUACCGGGUGUGCUCAGAUGAGGAAAGUAAUGUGACUAGGAAUUGUGUGAAUGCAGCAGAGCUGAUUGGCGCCUUUGUCAGCCCAGCGGUAUCUCUGAAGUUAAUCACGUCUGACCUUGAAAAAGCGCCUAUGCCAUCCUACCUCAUGGUUCUAGCGGCAGUUAUAAGGGGUUCGCCAAGGAAAGUCUUGCAGCCUCAUUUGGUGUACCUUGCUAGCACACUGGCCUGCCCUGAAAUAAGACAGCGGUCUGAAGAGGUCUUUUACAUGGAGCAGCUGCUUUGCUGUGUGGAAGCGCUCAUUGAUGUAUGCCAAGAGGACUGUAAAGAAGUAAGCCUUCAGCUAACGAAGGUUUUGGUAACGAUAACGGCAAUACCAACUUCUGGACCCUUGCAUGUGAAGUUAGAAGAGGCAAUGGAUGCAUUGGCUCAGGUGCAGCACUUGGAGGGUGCUGUUGGCCUUUAUCAACAACAUAUAUCUCAACUUAUGGAAUGGGUAUCCUUAACUCAUGAUCGUUGGACCUGCUUCUCUCCAGAAUUACUACAGUUUGAUGUGAUUGCCACUCAUUCAGGCCCCAUGAUAGGCAAAGUUCUUCAGGAUUUUAUUCUCAUUCUUAAAACAUGUCUUCAGACAUCUAGAGAUCCCAGGAUGCGUCUGAAACUAUUCAGUAGCUUAUCCCAUUUGCUUCAGAAACCAAAGGAGACCGUCAAUUCUCAAGGGCAGUUUUGUAACUACCUUGAGAUCCUGAUAAAAGACAUCCUGGCUCCUAAUCUGCAGUGGCAAGCUGGAAGAACAGCAGCUGCCAUCCGCACGACUGCUGUAUCAUGCCUCUGGGCUCUUAUUUACAGUGAACUGCUUUCACCAGAAGAGAUGCUGAAAGUUGAAGAUGUGCUGAUGCCCAAAAUAGUUGCCACACUGGAAGAAGAUUCCAAAAUGACACGCUUAAUGUCUUGUCGAAUAAUCAACAUUUUUCUAGAUGGUUGCAUAAAACAAUUUGAACUCAGCAAAAUUUAUCCAGAACUCCUAAAGCGUUUGGAUGAUUCGUCGCAUGAGGUCCGACUAGCAGCUGCCAAUGCCUUGCUCAGCUGGUUCAAAUGUAUAAACAAUGAUGAAAAGAAAGUCCUAUUAAAAACCAGCAUUGAGUUCCUAUAUCAAGAACUGUUAGUUCACCUGGAUGACCCUGACCAGAAUAUCCAGUCUGCUGUCUUAGAUAUUUUGAAAGAAGGAGGUGUUCUCUAUCCAGAUAGCUUGGCAAAAGAAAUUGAAGCAGUUGUGCACAAACAUCGCUCUCCAGCCUACUGUGAUCAGUUGCUGCUGCACAUUGAAUCAACGGGGUGGAGAUACUCAGAAUCAUAAAUGCCUUUGUGGGUUGUGACUUCUCAUUUGUACCAUACAAUGUUGACACAUCAAUAAAUGGAGAAGUUUCAGCUGCCAAAUACUGACAUUCAUGCACAGAUAUAAAUAAAAACACUUACAGGCAAUAUAUUUCAAACUUUUUUAACAGAAAAAAACCUUGAAAAGACAAAUGUGUGAAUAAUAGCUGCUUUGUUUUUCAUAUUGUUGCAAAUCCCACAUCUAACAUCUCUGCAGUGAACCUUAGACUACUGAAUGAUGUUACAAUGUGUCACUCAGCUGUGUAUUAUACAAGUUACCAUGCAGUUUGUAAGAUCUGUAUGACACAAAAUGAAGAUCUGGAGACAUUUAAAGGUUUACCAAGCAAUAGAAUUCAUAUUU